UUCCACAGAGACUCUGUGACAGAGUCAAUUACUUCAAAUCUUUCAUGCUUACUUUAGAAGAAUUCGGAAUUCAGAUGUUUCAAUUCUUCGUUUACCACAUAUAAGUUAGAUUUAUUAUUUUACGUGCCUACUUACGUUAUGUAAUAAUUUACAUUUUAAUCGUGAGGUGCAAAAUAAAGGAAAAUCAAAUUGUUGAAAUUAAGAUUUUGAUUGUAUUUAUUACAAAAACAAGGGCUGUCAAAAUGGGUAAUGCUCUUACCACAGCAUCUCUGUCGGCUGCUGAUGUGAUAGUAUCUAUAUCUCAACAAAUUGCUAAGCCAGAAUCGCAUAGGAUAAAGGAAUAUAAAGGUGAACCACCGCCUGAAUGUCCAAUGCAUAAAUCAGGCCAAUUAAACACUAUAAACUAUGCCAGUGAAUGUCCAAUAGACAAAAUGGAUGAAAGUGAUAUAAAUCCAUUAAAUAUGAUGCCACCGGGUAAUCAGCAACCUGCACCUGAUCAGCCAUUUCCUUUGCCUACCGACAGACAGGUUUCAUCAAUACCUAAAGUAACUGACCAGGAGGGAGAAUUUUGGGUGUAUCCCUCCCAGCAGAUGUUUUGGAACGCUAUGUUAAGAAAGGGAUGGCGAUGGAAAAACGAAGAUAUUUCCCAGAAAGAUAUGGAUGAUAUAAUAAAAAUUCAUAAUGCCAACAAUGAACAGGCAUGGCAAGAAGUUCUUAAAUGGGAAGCUCUUCAUGCGCGAGAAUGUGGCAGCCCCAAACUGCGUAGUUUCGGUGGAAAAGCAUCCAAGUAUUCCCCACGUGCGCGAAUUCGCUAUUGGAUGGGAUAUGAAUUGCCGUUUGAUCGGCACGAUUGGAUUAUAGAUCGCUGCGGUAAGAAUGUAAGGUACAUUAUCGAUUAUUACGACGGCGGCAAAGUUGACGACAAGUAUACAUUUGCAUUACUUGAUGUGAGACCUGCGAUGGAUUCGUGGGAAAAUAUCUGGGAUCGGAUGAAAGUGGCCUGGUGGCGUUUCAAAUAUCAAUCUAACGAUGAAUCGGUAUCUACUGCCACGGCCCAUUAAUCUAUAAAUUAGUGCUAAUAUAAGAUAUAUUAACAUGAAAAACUUUUAUUAAAAUGAUAAUUAAUGCCUUAAUCAUUGUGCAUAAUGUAUUGCUUAUUAUGCAUAAGAAAUGGUUGUAUAAAAACUUGUAAAAUAUCAUAAAUAUAAAUUAAUUUAUGAUAUUUAGUUUGCAAAAAAUUUGCAAAAUAUCAUCAAAAGUGGAUAAGAAAAUUCGUACAUAAAUAAAUUUUAUACAUAUUUCAGAUAUGUACAAAUACCUCAUUUGUUUAUUCACAAAUUAAAAUUAAUUAAGAUUGAUGUAUAGCAUCAAGCAAUUACCAAAAUAAUUUCAUAAAAAACUAAAAAACUUAAUUGCAACUUUCUAUUGGACUAAAAAUUGUGUUUAAAUUAUACAUUGUAUCAAUUGGAUUUUUAUAGAAAAAACUGCCAAUACAUCAAAUGCUAUUUAAAAAUAUAAAAACUGUGCAUAUAUUUACAUCAGUUUUAAUCUCAGAUCACAAUAUAACUUUUCAUUCUUCUAAUUUUAUAUUUAUGAUUGCAUUAUUUCAAACUUG